AUGAAUCAAAACCAGGCUGCUGGAAUUUGGGCAGGCUUGCAGAGGCUGUACCGAAAUAAAGUCUUUCCGAGCUCAUCAUACCAUGAAGUGGCCACAACAACAGGUUCAGAUUCUGAUGAUGAGCUGCCCGUCGCCAAAGAAGGCCGCAUCCGUCCAAUGCGGCAUGUCAAGCCCUACAGGGCCAUGAUUGUCUCAUUUCUGAUUGGCUUCGCCUUCGCCAUUUCAGUCGGCGGCAUUUUGGUCUAUCUCACAGCGAUUGAUCGGUGGGAAAAUGCAAAUGACAAUUGCGUUGUCUCACACCCAGCCCCGAGUCCAAGCCCAGCGGCGAGCAUCUUCAAGCCAACAAAGCUCAACCCAGCGCCGAGCAAAGAUCCGACUCAAAGCGUGCCAGUAAAUUACAGUCGGAAUUGGGCUGGCGUUGCCUUGUCUUCGCCACCGCCGGACUCAUCACGCUUUGCAGCUACUCUGGCCACCAUCACGCUCCCCCGACAUCCUCUCCUUGCCCACAACACGAGUGGCCCCCGAGUUGAGCCAUGGAGUGCUUCAGUAUGGGUCGGCCUUGAUGGCGAGUCCAGCAAGCAGGCUAUUCUGCAAACCGGCGUGGACAUGCUAUUGUACCCGUCCGGCGCCGUGAGCUACAAAGCAUGGUACGAGUGGUGGCCCGACAGGACGCGGCCAUUCCCUCUCGAGCACGCCCUGGAGCCAGGAGACACUCUCGAUCUGGAAGUGGUCAUGUAUAAUGGGACGCACGGCAAGGCGACUGUGCGCAAUCGAAACAAGAAUGAGACGAUUGACCAGUUCCUCAACGCCCCGACAAGCUCUGCCCAGUUGAAGGGCCUGAAUGCGGAAUGGAUCAUGGAGGACUUUUGGCUGGUUGAGGACGGCAAGAAUGUGCCACUGGUAGAUUUCGACCAGUUCGAGAUGGUUAACUGCCGUGCAUAUACUGACACGCAGAAAAUGGUCACUGCGGCAGAAGGUCAGGUCUAUUGGAUGAAGCAGGAUGCUUUACUUCGGACUCAGGUGGCUGUUGAGGACACAACGGUGUCAUUCUUUUACGUACAGUGA